AUCCUGUUACACUGUAUGCAGGGAGCCAUGGCUGCAGCAGGGAAUCCUUUCAAGAACCUCCGAGAUGAAGCUACUUGCUCCAUCUGUCUGAAUUUUUUCACGGAUCCAGUGAUUAUAGACUGUGGGCACAAUUUCUGCCGAGCCUGCAUCACCCAGUGCUGGGAGGGAUCAGACACAGACAUCUCCUGUCCUCAGUGCAGAGAGACCUUUCCCCAGGGGACCCUGAGGCCGAACAGACAACUGGGGAACUUUGUAGAAAUAGCCAAGCAGCUGAGUGUCCCCGCAGCAGCAGCAGCAGGAGGUUUGUGCCACGCGCACCAGGAGCCUUUCAAACUCUUCUGUAACCAGGACCAAGUUCUCAUCUGUGUGAUCUGCAGGGAGUCCCAGGCUCACCACGCUCACAGGGUGGUCCCCAUAGAGGAGGCUGCCCGGGAGCACAAGGAACAAAUUCAAACCCUACUGAAGACCCUGAAGCAAGAGAGAGAAGAACUUCUGGAGUGGAAACAGGAUGGAGAGACGCAAAGCCAGGAAUAUCUGGGAAAGAUAGAAUCUGAGAGGUGGAAGAUUGUGUCUGCAUUGGCGCAACUGCGGCAAUUCCUGGAGGAACAAGAGCGACUCCUGCUGGCCCGGCUGGAAGAGUUGUACAAGGAAAUUGUGAAGCUACAGGAUGAAAAUGUCACCAAACUGUCUGAGGAGAUUUCCCGACUCAGUGACUUGAUCAGUGAGAUAGAAGAGAAAUGUCAGCAGCCAACAAGCCAAUUCCUGCAGGACAUCAAAAGCACCUGGAGCAGGUGUGAGAAGGUGAAGUUCGAGAAACCAGUGGCCGUGCCAGAGGACCUGAGAGAGAGAGUCGGCGUCUCUUCCCAAAGAAAUGUUUGUCUGCGGGAGGCUGUGAAGAAAUUCAAAGUGCAGGCCACUCCGGAUCCAGACCUGGCAAAUCCUUGUUCCAUCGUGUCCACCAAUAAGAGUGUGAUGCCCGAAUACACAGAAUGUUUUAAGAAAGCGAAGAGGUUUCACCCUGCUGCCUGUGUGCUGGGCUAUAAGGGCUUCACCUCAGGGAGUUGUUACUGGGAAGUGGAGGUGGGGAACAAAGAUGAGUGGGUUUUGGGCAUUGCCAAAGAGUCUGUGAUACGUGAGGGAGCGAUAAGCUGUACACCAGAGGAGGGGAUCUGGGCUUUGCAGAGUACAGGGAAUGAGUACUGGGCCCUCACCUCCCCUAAAACUGCUCUGGGCCUACAUCGGAGCCUCAGUAACAUUGGGGUUUAUCUGGUUUAUGAAGGGGAGAAAGUUACAUUUUAUGACAUUACAUCUUCUGGCAGAGAGCCAAUCUUUACUUUCACAUCCUCUUUCACUGGGAAGAUCGUCCCCUUCUUUGGGAGCCGGUAUGUCAAAUAUCGUCUAAGUUCACUGACAGGCUUGUUAUUAAGUGGCAGGAAGCCCCCCACAAGCUGAAGGGCAGGAGAGGGAAGUAGCCCAGGGGAAGGAACCGUCAGUUCAAGUGGUUCACCACUAUCCUCAGGGCCCCUGGGCUGGGACCUGGAGUAGAGGGUGGGCCCAGGUCCCUCCCUCUCCACUCCCCUCCUCUAGGACACUAGUGAGGCAGUUAACAUUCUGCUGCAGGAGCAAGAAAUGGUUCCCUGACAGCCCCCCCCACCAAAGAAGAGAAAGCGCAAGACCCAUCAAAAU